AACAAUAACCAUCUUAAUACGUUAUUAGCCUCUCCAUCUCUGAAUACUAUUUCUACGUACCCCUUUACAUUCCCAAAGACCGCCCUCCCCUGCUUCCUUAUCAUGCAUCCAAUCCUCUUCUCCCGGAAAUCGUCGCCACUACUCCCACCCUCGUUGGCGCUUCUAAGCAACAUGAAAUCCGGUGGCCGGAGAAACAACAACCUCUCCAUCUUUGUGGUGGUUUGCUCGUUUUUUCUCUUCGGAUGUUUCAUGUACAGCGAGGACUUCAAGUCCAUUGCCGAGUUCCCAUUCUCUACGCCCAAACCAAACGCAGAAAGCCCAGUCCUAGAAAACAGAGCAUCCUCUGUUGGGAAAGUGGAAACAGAGGAAGGAGAAACAGAGCAGCCAUUGCAGGGAGAUGAAGAUGCUGAGAAUAGUUUAGAGUUGCCACCGGAAGAUUGUGAUCUCUUUACAGGGGAAUGGGUGUAUGAUAAUGUGAGCCAUCCUCUGUAUAGAGAGACGGAAUGUGAGUUUCUUACAGCUCAGGUCACUUGCAUAAGGAAUGGAAGAAAAGACUCUUCGUACCAGAACUGGAGGUGGCAACCCAGAGAUUGUUCUUUGCCCAAGUUCAAUCCCAAGUUGUUAGUUGAGAAGUUGAGGAAUAAGCGGAUGAUGUUUGUUGGGGAUUCCUUGAAUAGAAAUCAAUGGGAAUCAAUGGUUUGUUUGGUUCAAUCAGUCGUUCCUAUAGGGAGGAAAAGCUUGACCAAGACUGGAUCUUUAUCAGUUUUCAGAAUUGAGGACUUUAAUGUAACAAUUGAAUUUUAUUGGGCUCCAUUUCUAGUAGAAUCUAACUCGGAUGAUCCAAACAUGCAUAGCAUCUUGAACCGGAUUAUUAUGCCCGAAUCCAUCAUAAAACACGGUCAAAUGUGGAAAGGUGUGGACUAUCUCAUAUUCAACACAUACAUAUGGUGGAUGAACACUUUUGCCAUGAAAGUCUUACGUGGAUCAUUCGAUGAAGGUUCGAUAGAAUAUGAUGAUGUCCCUAGGCACGUGGCUUAUCGGAGGGUGUUAUCUACUUGGGCUAAAUGGGUGGAAGAAAAUGUGAAUCCAAAUCGAACUCAAAUAUUUUUCAUGAGCAUGUCUCCUCUUCAUAUCAGGAGCUCUGAUUGGAAAAAUCCGGAUGGGAUAAAAUGUGCAAAGGAGACCAGCCCAAUUCUGAAUGCUACCAUGAACUUGGAUGUGGGAACAGAUAAGAAGCUAUUUAAGAUAGCCUCAAACAUAACUCAGAAUAUGAAAAUCUUAGUUCACUUCCUCAACAUCACAACUCUCUCCGAGUAUAGGAAAGAUGCACACACUUCAGUCUACACCAUUCGGCAAGGGAAAAUUUUGACUCCAGACGAACAAGCAGACCCUGAUACCUAUGCUGAUUGCAUACAUUGGUGCUUACCUGGACUCCCUGACACGUGGAAUGAAUUCCUUUACACUCGCGUCAUCUCUCGUCCCUGACAUGUGUUUUCCACACUUCCAGAGUUCAACCCUUUGCAUUCCUUUACACCCAAAUAUUUGCAUUGAAGUGUCUUUGCUUUUUUCUCUGGCAUAGUUUUCAUUUUGUUCUUUAUAUUUAUUUUUCGUGUAUGAUUAGUUCAAAACAGUCAAUUGACAGAAAAGAAUCUCCAAUUCUUGAUGUAUGAUCAAAUUGUAUAAUAAUCUGAUACCUUUCUCCUCAAAAAAUCAACACAUAAGAUCAAUAUAAACCAGCCUCAUCAAAGAACAUUGAAAGAUGAGUUACAG